CGAAAAAAUUGCAUAAGUACUCAUUUAGUUGAAUCAAAGUGGUGUUAGCGAAUAAUGCGUGGAGAACAGUGUUGAUCAACUCCAUUAACUCAGAGGAAGUAAAGGAUCAAUAAUAUUUUACAAAACAACGAGUGUACAAAUCGAGACUGCAGCAUGUCGCCAAUAAAAUUCAUUUUUACGUUGCUGGCUUUUACAUUAUCACUAGACCUUGGCGAUGGUAUAAAAUGCUUUCAAUGCAACUCGGUUGAGGAUCCCGGAUGCGGUGAUAUUCAAGCAAACGAAACAGCCAGUCCGUUUCUGCAGGAGUGCGUUUCCGAUUCUAAGAUGGGCGGUCACCUACCGUUCUGUCGCAAAUUAAAGCAAGCAGUGAAAACGGAUCGAAUACCAAGGAUAGUACGUUCUUGCGGUUGGAUAUUGGACAAACAUCGAGAACGCACAGAUUACUGCAAAAAAGGAGACACGGACUUCAUUUUAAGGACCAACUGCGCGUGUUUUUCAGAUGCCUGUAAUGGUUCCACUAGGAUCUCUUCGUCGCCUUUCGUCUGGUUGUUUUCAGUGAUAACCGUGUAUAUUGCCUCUUUCAAAUGUACUUAGGAAAAUACCAGGGCAUAUGUAUUUAUUGUAAUUCGCAUAAAAAACACAUACGACGUUGCUUUUGUUUUUGUUG